GGGAGAGGAGGAGGCAGCACUGGCACAGGAGAGGGGACAGCUAACUUUAUCCUUUUAAUUUGGGAAAACGAAAUAUAAGUAAGCUAAACCCAAGGGAUUUCGGGGAAUUGAACUGUAUAACAAUAGAGCCGUUUGUUUUGUUGCCGGUGCGGGUCAAUCGGAGAUAAGGUCUCCAACGCGAAGCGAUAGCAGGACUGACAACAGCCGGGAAAGUAGAGGAGUAGCUGGAGGAGUGAACCGGCGCCGGGAAGGCAGCUAGAUCGACCCGGGGCUGGAUGUGCCCGGCCUGCCUCUCCCCAGCGGCCCGCCAUGGGGGAGACCAAAAUUAUUUACCACCUCGACGACCAGGAGACCCCGUACCUGGUCAAAUUGCCCAUUGCAGCGGACAGGGUCACUCUCGCUGACUUCAAAAAUGUCCUUAAUAAACCGAACUACAAAUUUUUCUUCAAAUCCAUGGACGAUGAUUUUGGGGUGGUGAAGGAAGAGAUCUCAGAUGACAAUGCCAAACUGCCCUGUUUCAAUGGCCGGGUGGUAUCCUGGCUGGUGUCGGCAGAUGGCUCCCACUCAGAUGGGGGCUCUGUGGGUGCAGACAGCCAGGCAGACCUGCCCCCUCCUAUGGAGAGGACGGGGGGCAUCGGAGACUCCAGACCCCCCUCUUUCCAUGCAAAUGCUGCGGGCAGCCAGGACAAUCUGGACAACGAGACCGAGACAGAGUCUGUGGUGUCACUACGUAGGGAAAGAGACAGAGAGAGGGAGAGGCCGCGAAGGAAAGACACACAUGACCACGGUGCACGUGUGAAUGGCCACUUGCGGUCAGAGCGGCGGGUGGAGUUGGCAGGGUAUGAGAGCUCCUCCACUCUCAUGAGCAGUGAACUGGAGUCCACCAGCUUCUUUGACUCUGAGGACGAUGAUUCCGCCAGCCGGUUCAGCAGCUCCACUGAGCAGAGUAGCUCAUCCCGACUCAUGAGACGACAUCGCCGACGCCGACGGAAACCCAAAGCACCACGCAUGGAGAGGUCGUCCUCGUUCAGCAGUAUAACAGACUCCACCAUGUCACUGAAUAUCAUCACUGUCACUUUAAACAUGGAGAAGUAUAACUUCCUAGGCAUCAGCAUAGUAGGACAGAGUAAUGAGAGAGGAGAUGGUGGCAUCUACAUCGGCUCUAUCAUGAAAGGCGGGGCUGUGGCGGCUGACGGACGGAUUGAACCAGGGGACAUGCUUCUGCAGGUGAAUGACAUCAAUUUUGAAAACAUGAGCAACGACGACGCGGUUCGAGUGCUGAGGGAGAUUGUGCACAAACCGGGCCCCAUCACUCUGACGGUGGCUAAGUGCUGGGAUCCCAACCCUCGCAGCUGCUUUACUCUGCCACGGAGUGAGCCAAUCCGGCCCAUUGACCCUGCUGCGUGGGUGUCCCACACCGCAGCCAUGACGGGGGCGUACCCGGUGUACGGUAUGAGCCCAUCCAUGAGCACCAUCACCUCCACCAGCUCCUCCAUCACCAGCUCCAUCCCUGAGACCGAGCGCUUUGAUGAUUUCCACCUGUCCAUCCACACCGAGAUGGCAACUGUUGCCAAGGCAAUGGCCUCCCCAGAGUCUGGACUGGAGGUGCGAGACAGGAUGUGGUUGAAGAUCACCAUCCCAAAUGCCUUCAUAGGGUCGGAUGUAGUUGACUGGCUUUUCCACCAUGUGGAGGGCUUCACUGAUCGGCGUGAGGCACGCAAGUACGCCAGCAACCUGCUGAAGGCUGGCUACAUCCGCCACACCGUCAACAAGAUCACUUUCUCUGAGCAGUGCUACUACAUCUUCGGAGAUCUGUGCGGCAACAUGGCUCAUCUAUCCCUGCACGACCACGAUGGCUCAAGUGGAGCCUCUGACCAGGACACCCUGGCCCCCCUGCCGCACCCCGGUUUGGCCCCCUGGCCCUUCCCCUACCAGUACCCCAUUCCUCACCCCUACAACCCCCACCCCCUGCAUGAGCCGCCCUACAACUACACUGCAGGGGGGGGCAGCGCUGGCAGCCAACACAGCGAAGGGAGCCGUAGCAGUGGGUCAAACCGCAGUGGGGGCGGGAAGAAGGAGGCGAAGGCUGGAGCCGGGGGAGCAGAGUCCAAAUCUGGAGGCAGUGGCAGUGAAUCGGAGAACAAACGGGAAAAGGCCCCCAGCGAGCGCUCUGUGGCGCCCCCAAGCGAGCACAGUGUCCGCAGCACCCACAGCCUGCGCAGCAACCACUCUCACUCCCACAGCCUCGUGUACGGCCCCCCCGGCCUGCCCCCCCAGCCCCAGACCCCUCCCGCCCUUGCCCUUGCUCCGCCCGGAUCCCCCCCUGGCCGUGACCUGGGCUCCGUGCCCCCGGAGCUCACCGCCUCGCGCCAGUCCUUCCGCAUGGCCAUGGGAAACCCCAGUGAGUUCUUUGUGGAUGUCAUGUGACGUGUCAGGUGACCAGGAAUGCCAAAUCUUCCAGGAGGCGUUUGAAACACAUCUUUGUGCUGGGAGAAGAGAGGAUGAGAGGGAGGGAGGGACAGAGGGAGGGUGAGAGCGAGGGUCAGAAGAGUAACAUUUCCCUUCCUCUCUGCUCACUCUGUGGUGUGUCCUUGCCAGCUACUUUCUUCAGUGAAGAAGACAGGAAUUAAAGCGUCUCACAUUUCUCCUUUUCCUGAAGGACCGCUUUCUUUUUUCCCUGUCAGAUGGUUGGUGUGAAAGAACGCAGGGGAAAAAGGAUUGAAGUGUUUUCCUGCACCCCGCUCUCCCUAAUGUCUAGACUCCUUUCUAACGUUUCUUUUCUUUUUACAAAGCAUAGUAAGAUAAGAGGAAGCAAAAGAAAGGGGGAUUAGAGUGAAAAAGAGAACCCCACUUCUUCUGAGAUUCGUAAUGACUGAACAAACUACUCAUUCCAUAAUAAAUGCAAAAAAGAACACUAAUGAGAAAAAAUAGGUAAUUCUUUUCUUUUCUGUUUCUCUGAAAAAAAUAAAUGAGAGAGAAUGGGGGGGAUGAAAGGAAAACAAAAGGAAGCUGUGGGGGAGAGAGCUGUUAGUGAGUGUAUGAAUGUGCUUUUGAAAAGCCCUUUGCUGCUGAGGCAGGAUACCUGGAUCAAAGGGGCAGAGGGUGUCUGUGAAGGAGAGGCAGAGAGAGAGAUUGGAACGGGAAAUCUGUACAGCUCGUAGCAGGCCGGCAUGCUAGCGUUACUGAUGCUGGCCUAUGUGUACUUGCAAGUGGGCUGUGCAGUCUGCAGACUAUGUAAUUAUGUUGUCUACCAGCUUUAGCUCCAGGAUCUGCCAGCCUGCUUCCAACUCAACUGUGGAAAGGGCAUCAUAGAUACAGACUGAGGUUCCGUCUUUAACAGGUACAAGUGAAAUGAUACAUCUGACAUAAAUUGUCCUGAUCACCACGUUUAUUUGUCGAGUGGCUAAGGUACUGGUAAUCCUUUGGUUACGUCUAUGAAAAUGUAGCAUAUGGUGUUAUGCUCUAAGUUUCUGCUGUAGCUGCCAUGGAAACAGCAGCCUAGAGAUGAUUCUAGAAUGUUUCUGCUUCAACAAAUCAGGGGUCUGGGAGAAGCCAGGGUGUCCAGGGUGGAACAUUGGUACUUCAAUCUUAACACACUUACUUGCAAACCAACAAACGCACACUCUGAUACAAACAUACACACACACAGACAUACACACAGAUUCAGACAUAAAUUGUAAUAGUUGAGUCAAUGAGAGUGGUGUUGAACAAGUUCAGUGUCCCCCCCAUGUCUCUCUCUCUCUCUCAAUGCAUAAAUCAGUUUUGAAAAACCAUUUAUUUUUCAU